AUGUCGUCGCCGUCGCCCUGGCGCGGCCGUCUCGUCUGCGCUCUUCAACUCGCCGCGCCCCUUCUCUCGGCAGCUGCCGGCCUGACCCCGUCUCUCCAGCUCCAGCCGAGACACGACGGGCCUUCGUCGUCGUGCAAGGCCGUGCCGGGCACGCCGGGCUGGCCGUCGCCGCAGGACUGGGCCCGCUUCAAUGAGUCGCUUGCCGGCCGACUGCUGCAGCCGCCUCCUCCGGGAGCUGUCUGCCAUUCCGGACAGGCCUCCUACAACGCGACUGAGUGUCCCGCCGUCCGCACCGCCUGGUCGACCUACGAGUUCCAUGCCGCCGACCCCAUCUCGGUCGACUGGAACCAAUGGGCCAAUGACUCCUGCCUUCCACAAGAGGGUGCUCCAUGCAGCCGUCAAGGAUAUCCUGUCUUCGUUGUGAACGCGUCCGAGGCCCGCCAUGUGCAGCUGGCCGUCCAAUUUGCCAGGAAGCACAACGUCAGGCUGGUCGUCAAGAGCAGCGGCCACGACUACAUGGGCCGCUCCAACGCUCCGAACUCGCUCUCCAUCUGGACGCACAACCUGAGAGGCCUCCAGACCCACAACUCGUUCCGCCCCAGCCGCUGCAACGUCACCAUCGAGGGCACCGCCGUCACCGCCGGCCCCGGCACUUCCAUGUGGGAACUAUACAGCGCCCUCGACGCCCUGAACCAGACCGUCGUAGGCGGCGGAGGCAAGACCGUCUCUCUGGGCGGCUACCUGACCGGCGCCGGCCACGGCUUGCUGUCGCCCUGGUACGGCCUGGCCGCCGACCAGGUCCUCGAGAUGGAAGUCGUGACUCCGACCGGCGAGAUCGUGACGGCCAACGAGUGUCAGAAUGAAGAUUUGUUCUGGGCGAUGCGCGGUGGCGGCGGCUCGACCUUCGGCGUCAUGACUUCGGUCACGAUGAAGACGUUCCCCACCCCUCGGUUAGAGACGGUGGACCUGAUCAUCCUCACCACAAACGUCUCUGAUCCCCGCCCGGUCCUCGACAUGAUCGCCUAUGUCCUGAGCAACUUCCCCUCCUUCGGCGACCAGGGGCUCUCGGGCUACUCCUACUUCAGCCCCGCCAUCACCGACCCGGACCUGGGCGGCAACACCACGAUCGGAGGCUUCAUCAUGUCCGCCGCCCUGCGCGACAGCUCGCCCGAGGCCAUGAGCCGGCUAUGGGACCCCGUGCUGGCGCACAUCAACGCCACCUGGCCGGGCCUCUUCCGCGCCAUCCCCCGGCCGGCGUCGUACCCGUCCUUCCUCGCCUGGUACCGGGACCACUACGACCAGAGCACCGCCGGCGCCGACAUCUACCUCGGCUCGCGGCUGCUCGACAAGGCCGCGCUGACCGCCGACCCGGCCAAGACCGCGGCUGCCCUGCAGCGCUGGUGCAACGGCUCCGUCGCCGAGGCGUUCCUGGUGUCGGGCAAGGGCGUGUUCGAUGCCCGCCCGCGCGGAGGCGGGAACGCCGUACUGCCCGCCUGGCGGAAGUCCUACGUCCACGCGCCCUUCGGCGCCGAAGCCCCGCCUCUGGACCCGGCCGCCGCUCUGGCCGUCCUGGAGCAGAUCAACACUCGUGUGCAGGCGCUCAGAGAACUCGCCCCGGACACGGGCGCGUAUGUGAACGAGGCGAGUCUCCUGUUACCUCCCGACUGGCAGCACGCAUUCUGGGGGUCCAACUACCCGCGGCUCGCCCGCAUCAAGCGGGCCCUCGACCCAGAUGACGUGCUCUGGUGCACGCCCUGCGUGGGCAACGAGCGCUGGCGCCAGGUCGGCGACCGUCUGUGCCGUGUUAGCGGGCACCAACACUAG